ACACUCCAAAUUUUUUCGUAUUCUGUGUAAAAAAUGUCGCUAAAGUUGUUUUCAAAAUAAAUAUUUUCCCAAUGAAAACUGAGCAAAUUUAAAAGAAAAUAGUACCUAUAACCUCUAUCAACGAAAUGUCUGCGUUACAGAAAAGUAUUAUGAAAACCAAAUUGCCUCCCAAGUGCCCAAGAACAUCGGGCAUCUCCAAAUUGGCGCCUUUCGGAACCUCCCGUCGUAAAGACUACAGGCCGGUGUCGUGGCAACACUACUUCGCUAAGUGUGAGGAUGUCCAGACGGACAGUGGAAAGUUCCGGGUGUACAUGUCUCCCGAGCCAGAUCAUCCGGAGCGUCCCAGGAUCGUCACAUUACAUGGAGGAGGGUACUCCGGACUGAGCUGGGCGUUGUUCACUGAAGAAAUUACAAACAUGAUCCACUGCCAAGUGAUAUCAAUGGACCUGAGAGGCCACGGGGAGACCGAAGCCACUGAGCCUGAUGAUUUGAAUGGAGAAACUCUGGUUAAAGACGUAGAGCAAGUACUCCACAAACUGUUCAACUCGGAGAUCCCGCCGAUCAUCCUGGUGGGCCACUCUAUGGGUGGCGCGGUGGCGGUGCGAGCGGCUCACCUUCCUUCGCUCGAGCACUGCAUACAGGGCAUCGCCGUCAUUGAUGUGGUUGAGGGCACGGCGAUGGACGCGCUGGCGAGCAUGCAGAGCUUCCUGCGCGGGCGCCCCACGCACUUCAAGAGCAUCGAGCACGCCAUAGAGUGGUGUGUAAGGAGCGGCCAAGUGAGGAAUGUCGAGUCUGCUAAAGUAUCCAUGCCCGGACAGAUUGUAAACUGCGCGACCAACAAACUAGCCAUCAACGAGGUGCCCCUCUCCCCCCCCUCCCCGCCCGGCUCCCCCCCCGCGGCGGCGCGUGGGGCGCGGGGGGGCGGGGACGCUAUACCCGAGGAUGAGGUCGCUGAAGUGGGGGAGAUGCCUCCGCCGCCGGAUAGCGCUAUGAACUACAAAUGGCGCAUAGACCUGUCCCUAACGGAGCGCCACUGGGCGGGCUGGUUCUCUGGUCUCUCCACACACUUCCUGUCGGCCCGGGCGCCGCGGCUGCUGCUGCUGGCUGGUGUGGACGGGCUGGACCGCGCGCUCACCGUGGGGCAGAUGCAGGGAAGGUUCCAGAUGCAGGUGCUGACGCGCUGCGGUCACGCCGUGCACGAGGACUGCCCCGGAGAGGUGGCCCGAGUGGUGGCUUGCUUCGCUUUACGCCACCGCCUCACCGCCGCCACUGAGAACGGAGAACAGAUGCAUCUAGUGUCCGCGCCGGGCUGCUAGACUGGUGCCUCCUAGACGGGUAGGCAGCACCAGCUGAGGGUGUAGCUAUAGACGGGUAGGCAGAGGACCUGUGCGCUAAUCCUGAAUAUUUUCUGCUUUAGUUGAUAGUGAAUUCUGUAGGGGGUUUACCGCAAUUUGAUCAGCAUCCCUGUCGGUGAAGUUAGAAACUGAUAAAACGAAUAGAAAUUCCUAUUGAAUUACCUAUGGACUAGAGUCGACAAUAUUCGUGAUUCGUCCACAGCUGAAGUAGUAGCGAUAGACGGGUAGGCAAAGGACCAACUGAAGCGAUGUUAAAAUGUAAAAAAAAAACUCUGUUGUGUGAAUUCCAAAACCUCUAUAAGAUCUUUAAUGUUAAUUUAGUGAUACCUACUUUGUUGGUCACAUGACUUUUUACUAUUGAGAUUGAGGAAGCAUUUUUUUCGUUAUAUCCGAAAACCGUAGAAAAAAAGUUUUUGAGAAUGACCCCUGAGUCACCCCUUUUCCCUUUCUUCUUCGACAACCGUCUUCUAAUAUUUGUGUAAUUGUGAUCUUUUAAAUUACACUAAACGUUUUAAAUGUUAUUUGGAUAUUUUUUACACCUUGUUGAUACUAAGCUCAACUAGCAUUUUAACUACUUAUCGCUCAGUAAAAGCGGAUUUACAUAGUAUGAGUGUAAAGGUACUAA